AUGACAACAAAGAAGGCAAAAUUGGUGGAGGAUUUGUGUAGCAUUAGCUGUUUUGAAAAACAUGACUUUGAGGUAAAGCGGAAGUACGAGUACAUGUACAAUCCAAAUGCUGAAACGGGAACAGGAGUCAAAAUGCAACUAAGGGAAGCUGAUCGCGACAAAGCUAAAAAGGCAGAUCAAACAGAAGUCGAAAGUAUUAUGAAGGCAACUCAAAUCCAUAUUGUUGUGGCCACUUUGAUAACGACAGUCACUUUUGCCGCUGGUAUUACAUUGCCAGGAGGUUUUGAGAGCAACUCAGAUAGCCCUAAUCAAGGAAUUACGAUUCUAAUAAGGAAAAUAACUUUUCGUACAUUUGUUGUUUCUGAUGCCAUUGCCUUCACAUUCUCAGCAGUUGCCAUAUUCAUCUACUUCCUUAUCGCAGAUACAAGUAGAGAUUCUCAAAGUAAGAAAAUUGUAAAGAAGCCUUAUGAUCUCGCAUGUAUUUUUCAGUGCUUGCCAAUGUUAGUAGUUGUAAUUGCAUUUGCAACAGAUAUAUGA